GCCUCGGCGGGGGGUGUACGAAAAGCGCAAGUUUGAAAACAUACCAAGCCAUUUAUUCAUGGGUCGGUCGUACCGUUUGUAGCGAUCGGCACCACCUGUCAAAUCGGUGUCAAUGUUGAAAUCAGAAAUGUUUGUAGGGUGAAUCGUUUCCAACAUGUUAUUGAUAAACGGUGAUUACGCUCGAUAGGUAAAUGUAUAGAUAAUACAUUAAUUAGUCAUGGCUGCUGUUAACGGAAUACUCAAAGCUGUGGAUAUUUUGAAGCACCUACAGCUUCAAGAUCCUACAUCCCAGGAUUAUGCGUCAAGGAAAAAAGAAAAGGUAGCACACUGUAUGACAAUAGCCGAUGGCAUCUGCUCUUCCACAGCAAAACUAACGCCUAAGUUUUCACAAGUUCUCACUGUAUCUAUAGAGACUUUACUCUCGCUAUGCGAUGAUUCUGAAUCCGAUGUCAGGAUGGUAGCCGACGAGUGUUUGAACAAAAUAAUAAGGGCUAUGACGGAUGGUAAUAUAGUUAAAGUACAAAUAGUAUUGUAUCAUGAGAUUAAAAACAAUGGGGCAGCACGAACUUUAAGAACAGCAUUAUGGAGAUUUGCACAAUUAGGCCAUAUGAUUCGUCCAAUUAAGGGAAAGGCGUUUGUCGCAAACUUGGUUCCCUGCAUCGUAGCCAUUUCCGAACGUCCUGAAGAAUCUGUUAUCGAGACGUUAGCCAAUGCGUUGCCACUAAUUUUAAAAACUCUUGGUAACUUUACCUCCGAUAACAACGUUAAGACACUUUUGAAGGCAUUUUAUCAGAAUAUAUCUUCGACGCAAGCUGUAUUUCGAAGAACAGCGGCUACUAUGAUUCUGACAACAUGUUUGAAUUCUCGAAAACCUCAAACGUUCUUAGCCUAUGUUUUAAAACAUCUGAUAGAAACGCUUGUGCCAAUAACUGAAGACGAAGAGCAUUUAGCUACUGUAAUUGGUGUAUUUGGCUGCUUGAGGGUGAUAAUGCCUCAUAUCAAUGAAACUUCGACUCUGGAACAACCAGAUGUGACCCUUCAUAGUCUAAUACAGGUGUACGAGUUGUGUUUACACUUUGCCAAAUGGCACUCAGAUCACAAUGUUGUCAAUGCGGCUCUCGAGACACUAGCUCAAAUAUUGCAGUUCCCUUCUAAGGAAUUGGUCCCAGUUUUAGUGUCCUGCAAAGGAAUAACACGUAGCAGAAUAACAUUGAGUGAGAAUUCGGUAAGGCUUUCUUUGGGAACAAUGAGCAUCUCAACCACGACUAUUUCUGGGAAACAUUCUGAUUCAACAUUGAAUCUUUUCGAUCCGGAUGUUCCGGAAAUCAGACCGACCAUUGAAAAGUGGAUCGUGGAGUCGGAGAAUCUUUUACCGGUCAUUCAAAGACCUCCCGUCAUGCAGACUGCUCAUAACGAACUUACCGAUGCAACAGAAAAGUCCUUGCAAAAUUACAGCGGUCUGAUUAUUGGCCCUCUCGAUAAUGAAGAAGUGGAAGAAGGAAGCGAUGCUGGAAGUGAAAUGGAGAGAACUGACUGCUUGAAUAAUAUCAGUUUGCCGAGCGUACAAUCCAAAGAAGACGAGCAUCAGGAAAGGAUGUCGUCUGUUGUGUCACCUCAGAAGACAUCCUUUGGGAUUUUAUUCAAGGAGACCGACAUCGGGAGCUUUACAGAUGCCGACGUUCCGUUGAAAUAUUGUUGUCGAUAUUUGGUGUCCUCAUUUUUGCUCACUGGAAAUUCUGGUCAGUUGAUACCCGACCAAAUAUUUCGAGUCAGCGUCAAAUCUCUUGCGUUGACUUGCGUCGCUCACAUAAUACGACUAUAUCCAAACUUGUUGUUGUCGACACUUGAUAAAAAUCAAAUCGACGACGAGGACCAACAAUACAUAAGUGACGUUUUACUUUUCGCGGAUCACACCGAUCCUCAGAUUCGAGGGAACGUGGCGAUGGUCAUCGGAUCUUUUUUGAAAGCUGUUUUUCUUCAGUCUGAUAGUAAAUAUAAAAUUAUGGAUAUUUUUUUAAAAUCAACGACACCCGAUAAAAUAAAGGGCGAAUUUUUAUCACUUGAAAAUCUUACGAUGCUACUUUUAAAGGGGCUGGAAGAUGAGUCGGCGACGACAUGCAGACAAACACUUUCAGCACUGAAUAUAUGUCUGACAGAAAUGAUAGAGUCAGCGGACAGCAAAUACGCAAUACCCAUUCUAAAAGCGCUUCCGUUGCUUGUCAAGAACCCAUAUUUUCUCGUCAAAGUAAAACUUGUCGAGGUACUCAGCAAGUUACCCUAUACCACCGUUGCGUACAUAAGUGGUUCGUCUCAGAUUCAGGAAAAUGUUAUUUCCGUCAUGAUCGAAUUGCUCGGAGACCAAGAUCAAAGAGUACGUCACGCUACAGCCACAGCCAUUGUUAAGAUAGUUCCACUGCUGUAUUACGAACACCCAAAUGAGUCCGCAGUGACAAGGAAGGCGUCAAAAUUAACGGGGAGAUUUUUGUCGGAGACAAUUUUGACGCCAACGGAAAAUUUCGCUCAUCAAAUGAGCUACAAUUCCUUGGUCGACAGUCUACCAAAGCCGUUUGACUCGUUGUACCAACAAAACGGAGAGGAACACAGCGAGACAGUUGAAUCUGUGUUGUCUCGAAUGGUGAGCUUACUCACGCAGAAACUCAUCAUAGGAUCUCCCAAGUAUUUGAGCUACGGCUGCUGCGAAGCGCUCAGCCUACUCAGUGAAACGUUCUUGACCACGACUUACCCGAGUGCUUGGGAUUGUUCGAUACCAAAAGCAGUUAUCAAGAAAUCAUCCAAAAAGUCUAAUAGCCGAGGGGAUGCAAUCACCGAAGUUCCAGUUACAGGAGAUACUUCUACUCCAUUGCGAAAUAGUUUGAUAUCGUUGACAACGUCUUUGUUAUCAUCCUCUCCGUUAAGUCUGGAUUUAUCGACUCACAGGCAUUUGAUGCUGUUGGCGGGAAAUUUGGCGUCGGGUAUGGCUCUUUGUAAUUUGCACCCAGCUGAUCCCGCCGACAAAGCUGACACAGAAGCGGGUAAAUUGUGGGGCUUAUUCAAGGAUAAACAGAUGCAUCAACACUUCGAAGAACUGUUAACCCACGUCAUCAGGAUUCUAAAUACCUUUGUACACGUCAUCGACGAGAUACAGUUGCAACAACCAAACACAAGGUCUGCUCUUCCACCUCUGCCGUCCGCCCAGUCAUUGUCACCGAAGAGAAAAUUGAUUCCUGAUCAAAAGUCUAAGGAAAAAGAUGAGAAAUUGUCCAGUUUGAAGAUUGGUAAGGAACAAAUGGGCUCGUUCUCAACUUUUCCGCACUAUAUGAAACUCUACGAUAUUCUGAAGGCUGCUAAUUCUAAUUACAAAACCACGCUAGAAUGGGAAGCCAGUGAAAUGUAUCUUUCGCUUCUUAACGCCUCACUUCAAGUCCUUUCUCAGAUCCUAGAAAUAGCCACCAUCCAAGAAGCAGGCAGAAUAGCUGAAGAAAUUCUGCAUUAUCUCCAAACUACCGUCGUUUUGUCACCGACUACAACGGUCCAAUGUGUUCAACAGCUACUCAAAUGUUUGUUCGGCAGUAAUUUAAGUAUCAAAUGGACCAAUCCGGAUUACCAGAUGAGUUUUGAAAAGAGAAAUCUCUUCAAAGAGGAGACUAAGGGGUUUCAUAACCAGUGUUUUCAAACGCCUGCAAGGCAAAUGGCGGACUUGAUCAAAACUAUUGGGAAUAAUUGUCGGAACGGAGACGAAACGAACACUGGUUGGUUUAGUUUGAUACAGAGGAAAGGGGAUCGUAAACUGAGUUCGAUAUUUAAAAGCUUGUCGCGAUAUUCCGAUCAGAAAGCAUCGGUGGCGUCCUUCAUUCGCCUUUUCGAGCCAAUGGUGAUUAAAUCUUUGAAACAAUACACAGUCACCAGUUCCAUACCGCUGCAAUGCAGGGUGUUAUUGCUGCUGAGCCAACUCGUUCAAUUACGUGUAAAUUACUGUCUUCUGGACCAGGACCAAAUAUUCAUAGGCUUUGUAAUAAAGCAGUUCGAAUUCAUCGAAGAAGGCCACAUUCAAGAAACCGAGAAACUGAUACCAAAGAUAUUCAAUUUUCUCGUUCAUCUUUCCUAUGAAAAGUAUCACUCUAAGGUGAUAAUCGGCAUUCCAAAAAUUAUUCAACUUUGCGACGGUCUCAUGGCCAGCGGACAGCCACCUCUGACUCACUGCAUUCCUGCCCUGAUACCUUUGGUCACGGACAUUUUUCUCACUCGAGGUUCAAACUCGACGACGUCGGAACAAAAGGAAUUGGAAACAACGCGAGAUGUUUUGAUCUCCAUGCUCCUAAGGCUCGUCGAAUAUCAUCAAGUCAUUCAACUGCUAGCUGCCUGUCUGACCGAAUCAAGAUACAGCAGCGAUGGAAACGGCGAAGAAAAGUGGCGGAGAUGGUCAAGGCUGACGAUAGAUUCCGUGCUACCUGUCUUAGCUGCAGGAAAGAUAAGACUGGAAUCAAAAGAAGCCCACAUAGCACUGGUUAAACUGUUUUCAGCCGUUUCUCCAACGGUUUUCAGACCAGUCGAUCCGUUGCUGAAAGUAUUGUUCAUCCAGACCCCGACAUUGCAAGAUUCUACAGUGACGUUGGAACGUUGGCUAGGGACGGUGAAUGUCGUAUUGCUGUCUCUCAUAUCAUACGCUAAAGAGGAAGCCAUGCUCGCCAGGCUCUCCGAUUUGAGUUUAUACAACGCCAACUUUCAUCCGGGUUCUGUUUAUCACUCGACGGAAACCAUGUCUGAUCCAUUGAACGUGACGAAUGCGAGCAUGUUCGACAUUGCCCCAGAGAAAGUCCUGGCAAGAUUUUUGUUCAAAGUUGUUCGGUUGAUAACAUCCAAGGUUUACGAUCUCGUCGGCUUGAUCGAUUAUAAUCGCGAUGACUGUUACCUGGGUGCUGCAAAUUGCGCGGGAAACGACGACUACCUUAUACAGCAAUUUAUCUUCUUCCUACAACUAUGUAUUCACAUGUUCGAAUCUGGAAGUCACUGUAAAGUGGCCAAUGCUACAAUGCAGAUGAUACAAAGGCGUAAUGUGAGCGAAGAAGAUAAACUACCAGUGGAAGAACUUAAUUCUUUAAUGCUCCAACUUGCCAGCAAAUCUCCAAUAAUAACCUGUCAGUGGACUUAUUUGAUGACACUUUUGAGCUUCAGUGAACUAACCUAUUGGGAAAGAAUAUUGGCCACCGAAAUUUCAAACAAUACUCCUCGUUCGGGACUCAGCAGAUAUGGCACAAAUGCCACCACUCUAGGAAAGCCAGAUUCAAGCGAGUGUCUAUGCAGCAUCAAUGGGGAAAUUGUGAGGAAAGGUGGAAUCAUUUUGUUCUGCGACUAUGUGUGUGAAAAUAUAAACGAUGCCGAACCUCUGACUUGGCUAUUGAUCAAUCACAUAGAAGAGACGAUCAUGUUGGCAAGGGAACCUCCGGUCAAAGAAUUACUCGCUGCAGCUGUCCACAGAAAUCCAGCUGCCAGCGGUCUAUUGGUUCAAGCCAUAGCCGCAAGAUGUUUAGAUCUGUCGAAACCAAGUUUUGUGAAAAGAUUGUUACAAUGUUUAGAAGGCACGCAUCAUUCUCAAAGCGGAGCUCUCAUCCUUGCAAUGGUACCGAGAUUACUCAAUUCCAAACAUUUGGCUUUGAGCAGGCUCGCUGCUAAGAUAGCAAGUCGAAGGGCUGAAAUCUUGCUCAUGAUGACCCCGGAAGACAUUAAAAUGCAGCUACCAAGAGAAGAUUUUAUCGAGAUGAUGAAUACUUUAUUUUCAACCAAACUGGCAAAGAAACAUGGCGCACUGGUUAGUCUGCUGAAUAAGUUGGGUACGCAACAUUAUGAUUUAUCACCCCUUGAACUGGAACAUCGUCGGCCGUUCAAUCCUGCGACUAUUAGAAACAUACAAUUAGAUCAGAGCUGGUUUUAUCUCCAAACAAAGCUACGCUGCUGUCAUCCUGACGGUAAAUAUAACCUGUUAGAAUCGGCGGAACUUCUCGAAAAUCUUGGUUUUGAAGACUGUGCAGAACUUAUGACCUCUAACGAGUUCAAUGCUAAAAUAUUGAGGGAAUGUAUAAAAUUAGGAUUAAGAAAGACAUUUCAAAAAUGCCAAGAGCUCUGGUUCAGGAGAGAGGUUAUAGAAACUGAUGUACUCUUUGAAGAAAAUUUGCUGUACAAAGCAGCCAAGCAAUGUUUACUCCAACGUGUUCAAAACAUCAACAAGCUAGUGCCAAAACAACGUGAGAUUUUCAAUCCCAUUCGACGACAGACGACUGCCAAAGAAGCUAAAUAUGGAGCAAGAAUCUCAGAGCUGAUAAGUGAUGUUGUCUAUUGGAAUACCGUAUUUACAAUUAUUCCAUCCGUUACUGUGUACAUUGAUACACUGUCAGCGAUGACAAAAUAUGGCCUAUCCGAAGUCGAAUCAAAGUUCGAGGAUGAACUAGCAAAAUUUUGCUUGCUGUGCUUUGAGGUGACAAACUGGAUGAUAAAGGAGUACGAGGACGGUAAUAGGAGAUUGAAACCCCAAGAACUAGAGGCGGCAUUGAGGUGCGCACAGGCAAUUUUAAAAAACCACAAUUUACAUAAAGUGUUCGGCAAUAGUCCCAAUUGGGUUUGCUCUGCAGCUGCAGCAUUGACUAGAAUCGUCGAACAUUUAUUGACGACUAACAAACGUCUUCCCGUUGUAAACAGCUGUGGAUUACAACCGGCAAUGGAGAAAGUUGAAACAAAACCAUACGCGGAAGCUUGCAUACAAAUGGCAACGCUAGUUGCUUGGCUUGAAAAGAGACAAUCGGAGGAUUGCCCGGAUAACAUUCCUGCGUUUUUAUUAAACCCAAUUAAAAGUCUGAUUGUGACUGUGAGCAGACAGACAUUAGUCAAUUCCUUUGUUCUCGUUCCGCCGCUGAUCUGGAAACAAGGCUGGCAUGUCGUUGGCUCGGGACCAACAAUGUGCCACGUUCCUCUACUAUCCUCGGAAUCAAAUCUUCUACACGAAGUAGAUAUUCUCGAACAGUUCAUCUACAGAGUUACUUUGAUAGGAUGGACGUCGAGGUUACAAUUCGAGGAAAUAUGGAUGGCAUUACUGAGUGUUUUAAAUAUCAGUCAAAAUGAAGGUAUGCCAUUGGAAGAACUCGCUGUAUCCAUUCAAGCCACCAGCUUAGCAGUGCAGGCAAUAACGAGUCUAUUGAUGCAAACUUUGCUUCUGCCUUGUCCCGGAAACCCAGAGAAUAGUAAUUUGAUUCAUCAGCCAAGAGACCCACAGCUAGCCUUACACAAGAUUAGUUCCCAGAAACUUUUCUACAUACAAGAAACCCUUCUAUCAAAGUUCGAAAACGUUGCAGAUCCUAAAUUAACGCAUGGGUUAACGCUGGAUCAUAUUUUCCAUAGGGGAAAUAUCGAACGGGUUUGGAACAGGCAUAAAUAUAGUUACAGUCAAUUGUCCGUACCCUAUUUGUGGGCUUCGUGCUCUUUGCACGAGGACAAAUUGAGCAGUAAUGUUUUGGAGUUGAAAAGUUACCGGAACAAUGUCCUGUCAUCUUUAUCCUUGGAUCUGAAUUCCUGUCUUCGCUUUUUGCUGGAGCUCUAUUCAUCUUGGACUUCACCACGAGUGAACACUCCUUUAAGGUUAUUGAACGAAGUGAUUAAGUCAAUUCUUGCAAUCUCCGAACUCUUUACAGAGAGAUCGCAGUACCAAUGGAUGCUUGACACUUGCUUAGAUCUGUCAAAAGUCCAUCCGAUCGAAAAUGAAAUCUUACAUCAGUACCUCGUCAUCGCAGCAUGCAAAGCGGCAGCAGUCCUAUCGCCAUUGAAUGGAGAAACUCUAGAAAAAGUGAAACGCUUGGUUGAGGCCAGUUUGAAGUCUGGAUUCCUACCUGCCAGGGUGUUUGCCUUACAUGGAAUCCUGUACCUUUUGCAAAGCGCUGUAUUCGCCAGCUGCGAAGAGACGUUAAACCUCAUUCACCCGUUAGCCAUAGAGUACAUUCAGAAACACAUCGAUACUCAGGACUCGAAUGGUGUAUUGAGUCAAAGUGAAGAGCACCAAGGCGUUAUGUGGGCUCUAGUCUUUUUUCUGUUGGAACACACGGAAGAUACACCGCCGGAUGCGGAAGCUCCCGCAGUACUGGAUCUAGCGCUUACUCUAGUCAAUACUCAGAAUAUUUCUACGUCGCUCCACCAAACUCUCUUGCAGGGCUUGGAAAGAUUAGUUGCUACGAAGAGCGUUGUAGGAAAAGUUGCCGAGCAAAUUGUGAAAGUUGCCGUCGACAGAUUGAAACAGGCAAGUCCGGUACUGGCACUACCAGCUUUACAGCUGUUGCUUACUUGCAUGUACACUGGAGCAGCUGAAAAAUUGAAUCAACCGGAGAUCGAGGAACCACUUCCAGAUGAAGAGCCCGAAGUGUUGGUCCAGUCGAUCGAAAGAACGUCGGCAAUCUUUGACAGAAUAAAGAAGGGUCAUCCGAUGGAGGUUGAAGUAUUAUGUGGGGUUUUACCUGGUGUUCUCAGCGACUUUUUUCCACCUUCUGAAAUUCUUACCAAAGUGAUUGGAGAAUUUCUGUCGCCACAGCAACCUCACCCCAGAUUAUUAUCCGCAGUUGUCUUCCAGGUUUGCGAGCGAGCUUGUAACAGUGCUCAACUUGGUUUACUCCAGGAUUGGGUGGUUUUUAGUUUACCAAAUUUCAUACAGAGUUUACCGAUCGUCAUGUCGACGUGGUGUUUGUCGUGUUUUUUCAUUAGCGCGACUACGAAUCCCUGGUUGAGAGCGUUCUUUCCACAUGUUCAGUCAAGGAUAGGAAAGUACGAAUACGAGGAUAAAAAAAUCCUCUGUAUAUCGGCAGCAGAUUUUUAUCAAAAGCUGACGGACGCGAAUCAGAAGAUGGCGUUUGUCGAGACUUUUGAAACAGCGGCAAAGGAACCAGGUACACCUUUCAGUGAUAUUUUAGCAUCUUUGUAGCGUAGCUGGUGUUGAUCGCCAGAAUUUCUACCUCGAUGUGACGUACAACAAAGAAGUAAGAAAUGAAUAUUCAAAUAAAUAUAUUUGUUAGUUUCACUGUACAGUAUGCAAUUUUAUGCUAGAUGUUAUGAAUAUUAUUCGUUUCAUAUUUA